GCCGUGCUGUGCAUACGCCGGACUGUGGGAGACCGCUACCAAAAAAGUCGGAAACGCUGCACGCAUUCCGCGGGGAAGACACGGCACCCGUGCUGGCGCGAAGAGUUCUGGUUCACGCUCCCUACCUGCCCUUGGGAAGCAGAGUACGUUCUGGAAGCGACCAUCUACGGUGCUAGCCAGGGCAGGCGCCACGAUGAGUUCUUGGGAUAUGCAGAGCUACCCCUAUCCACUGUUCAAUCCGAAGCACGGCUGGUGGAGGAGUUGCCGCUCGGGCCACCAGUUGGCUCCGCUGCAUCUGCCGAGUCCGAAGGCACAACCAACGAGAGCAAAGCCUCGCAGGGCUAUCCCUCUGCGGACACACCCGAGAACGGGGAGAAGGAGUGUCAAAUCCUAGAAGUGCAUGUUGCACAUGCCCUCACCGGCGCAAGCCUGGGGUGCUAUCAGGUGGCCCUGACAGACUCGGUUCAGGACCUGAAAACACAAAUAGCGCAGCGGACGAAUGCAGAGCGCCCGUGGGCCGCAGAUUUCAAGCUGCUUUGCCGGACGGAUCUUUUACAAGAAUCGACGCUGUUGAAAGAUGCCCAACUUGCAGAACCGAUCGAGCUUCAAUACCUGGUUUCGCCGAACACUCAAGCGCUGGAGAGGAACGACCUGGUACUGAUACCAGAAGUGAUUCAGAAGUGUUUGGAUCCCUGCACGGCCAAAGUGUACAAGCCGAAUGUUCGCUGGGCCUUGAAAGAUUUCAUAUUCCGUGCUUCAGAGGCCGAGCUGCUGGCAGACUGGCACCGCGAGAAGCAAGGUGAUGUUUCGCUUCACGACUUGACGGAUCGGACAGGGCCCACAGAGCCGUGGCUGCAGUUGAAAGAGGGACACCGGGGCAUAAGACGGGACAGGCACAGUGUCCUGAGCUGCGAGUUUCGGGAUGGCUACCUCACCUUCAGCUAUUUUGCCUUUAAGCAUUCUUACCAGCCUCCGAGCAUGGAGGAGGUUGCUCCGUGCGGCUGGCAUGCAGAAGGAUCACCCGGAGACAUGGCAGGUCGCGCUUCUGCACCCUUCCUGUCACCAAGAAGGCGCUUGCACCCUGGCAUCUACAGCCCGGCAGCCACAACCCGCCAGCUCGCUCUGCCCUGCGCCAUCGCGGCACUACGCUUUGAAGGCCUCCAAGUCGACGAGGUUUUGGCUGCCGACCACUUAUAUGGCUUCGGCUUAGGAGUGGAGUUCGAUCUUCUCCUGGCGGUGCGAGUGAACGCAGCCGCGCCCGCAAGUAUUGUGGCAGUAUAUUUUCAUGUUCUUCAGCUCCCUUUCGAUGGCAAAGUCCACGCUUUCGACCAGAGCUUCUCGGAUCUAAUCCUGGGCAGAGCUGUGUUUGAGGACUUUCUGAAUGCAGCGGCUUGCGACAGCAUCGCGCAGGUUUUGGUAUUGUGGUAUGCAGAUCAAGCGAGGGCAUUGCGGUGGUACUUGAGUCCCGUCUCUUCUGCCUUCAAGGAUUUUCGGAUCCGAUUGGCUGAGGAAUGGCUACAACCAAAUGGGGAUGAGAGACUUUGUCGCUUUAACGAGCUUUUGCGACGGGAUCUGGCAGCUCAACUGCCCCUGGAACCAAUACUCGUCGACCUUCCAAAUAACACUUGUGCUAAUGCCUUGUGUCGGGCCGGCCGACAGUGUAUGAAGCAUUUCCAUCUCUUCCAAGUCCCCUACGUCGCGAUGUGCGAGCCAACUUGUACUAGGAAAGGCUGCCCGAAACACCACUGCAAAGGACCUGUAGGCCCAGCACCCUUCUGCUGCGUUCAGCUCUGGCAGCCCCGGGCCACGUCGGAUCCGUGGAUGUCAAAGGAGAAGAAGAAACUUGCGAACAAGAAGGCCAAGCAGCAGCGGGCACCCGAUGCCGUGCACACUGGCCUCGGUGCUGUCGGGUUGGAGUGGCUCUUGAAGCGAGGGCGCAUCCGCAUCGAGCUGAUGUGGGAGUCUGCGUGCUCCAAGCAGACCGACACCUUCCUGCGGUUCGUUUGGCGAGGGAUGAACACGGUCAUGGGCCUCCGGUUCUUCAGCAUUGCAAUCCUCGCCAUCGCAGGACUUCUUCUCAUGGUGGCCCAGGGCUCGCGCUGGCUCUGUUCCGGCCACACCUUCGCGGACUGCCAUGAGCUGGAGGUUCCCGGUGCGCGGGUUGCCGCUGUUCUUGGCUCAAUGUCUGCCGUAGCUUCUGGCAUCACCAACUUCCUGGGUGCCGCUGGGUUCUUUGGCUCCUCGUGGAGAGAAGGUGCUCCGAUGGGCUUGUUGGACGACGUUCAGUCCAGCUACGUCGAUCAUCAGGAUGACCUUGCCCCGUCGGGGUGGCGGCAGCACUCUGCACCCACGCUUCAAUUGCAAGUUCAGCAAAAGCACCUCUUCGUGUGGGAUGUCUCCGUGAUGGCCGUAGACAUCUGCCCCGUGAAGAUUUCGCUGCCGUCCGUGCGCCUAUUGACCUGGUUCGGCCAGGGCGUGGCGCUGAUCAUGGCUCAACUGACCAUUCUGCUGGCGUGGCUGGAAGAUGCUGGACCCUCACGCUUCCUCGGCGAGGCAGUGUACCUGGCCAUCCUGGCCUUCGUCAUGCUGCUGACGUCCGCCAUCCUCUCUGGACGAGAGGCCUGGCUUUCGCAGCCGCCGGCUGAUGAGAGGUGGAGCACUGCGGAGGACAAGAACUUCCGGCCCAACCGGCCAAGAAGAUACAGCUACGAUGAUCGGCCCAGCCAACCGGGGCUCGACGCUCGCUCCUGGAGCCCGGGACGCGCGGUGUCAGGCAUCGAGGAUUUCAUGGCCAAUGUGGAGGAAGGAGUGCGGGCCGUGAAGCACGAGGCAGAGGCCCUUCGCCAGCCGUUUGUCGCUGCUGGAGAGGAGUGGAACUCUCGAAUGAAAAACUUCAUGCAAGACCUGGAGCAGCAGGUGCGGCAGCCCAUCUUAGAAGCCGCUGAGCGGUUUCAGGGCCAAAUCGAGACACAGCGCCAAUCGUUCCAG